AUGCCGAGUUCUAAAGUCGACAACGCUGGCGUGGGCUCGACCUCUGCGGAGGAACGUCCGUUGACCACGGUGUAUGCCAUACCAGUUAACCCUGCGAUACCGACAUCACCAACACCAGGCGGACCAACAUCGAGCUCCGGAAGCAGCCAACAGCCAACAAGUGCGAUUCCUACUCCUCAGUAUAAUUCAUAUUCAUUCUAUCAGCCACCCGAAUCAAGCACUGCAACACCCACACCAUCCCCAUCAUCAUCCUCUGCAUCUUCAUCCACGAGUACCAAGCUGGCAGUUGGAAUCACCAUUCCUCUCGUGUUUCUAGCACUCCUCGGUGGGAUAUUCUUCUUCGUCAAAAGGCGUAGGAGGAAAAUCUUGCAAGAACAGAAGCGAUCGCGGUACGAACUUGGGUUUUCUCCGGCUCCAACACACACCACGUUCGCCGAGAAGCCUCAUAAAAAUGCUCGAUCCGAUAGUCGAGCGGAUACUUUACGUACUAAUCGCACUCAAAACAGAGCGACCAGCCGAAAUAACAGUCAUAUUAAGAGGCAAAUAGACAAUGGGAUGGACGACCAAAUGCUCACCCCUGUCAACCCCGGCUUGGGCAUUGAAAUCGAAAUCUCCAGUCAAACCGAUAGUCAUCAGUCAGGAAGCGUUCAAGGUUCGAAAACUUUCCACGACCAUCCCAGCCUCAGCAGCCACCCAAGCCUCAACACCCUCCCAGGCAUUCGAAAUCCUGAGAGGAGCCCCCGCUCACCCCGCGCAAAUCACAUUGCCGAACUUGCCUCUCCUAUCGACAUGUCUGGGCCAUUUUACCCUUUGAACGACGCCAUUCAUGAACUCGGCCCAGGGAAGGAGGCGGAAGCGGAAGCUGGGGCUGAUCCUCCGGAAUCGGGACUAGAGCCAGUAGUACCUGAUGUCGCGGAAUUGCCAGAUACCUCAAGGCAGAGUAUUCGAGAGAGGGAUGCGGCGGCUCUUGCAUCUGCUAGUGAGCUACCAGCGACGAAAGAAUUUUAUGAUAUAGGAGAAGCGGUAAAUGUGGCCAGUGAAUUGCCCACGACAAGAAAAGGAGAGCAUCAAGACGCAGCUACUGAGCUCCCUGCGCCAAUACUAAGAACUGAAUCGGGGGAGGGAGAAGUAGAAGUGGAAGGACAUACCGCACAGCCACAAGUGGUUAAUCAGGAGAUAACGACCUCCUGGUUAUCAUCCGCACCUAAUACGCCUACGAGUCCGAAAUUUCCUUCAUAA